GAUAACAGUGACAUUCAUUGUUCCAAAUCGUCAAAAGUGGAAAUGUUUAAGGCAGCUGUUAUUUUGGUGUUGCUGUCGUUCAGUGUUAAUGGUGACAUCUACGACAUAUGCACACCAUUCCAGUGGGAGGGGCUUCAGUUUGUUGUCACGGGGACAGAGGAGGCAGGAAGACCUACUACGAUCCAGAAUACGAUCCAGUUCUCGUUUGACGCCAACAACAGUAGGAUAGCUGCCUCUACAUCCGGGUUCCAGGACGGUCAUCAGUUCCAGAAGGACUUCCUGUUCCUGUAUCAGCAGAAAACUGUUUAUGUGAUAGAAGAAGAAAGAUGCCAUGCAGAAUAUUUGGUCAAUGAUUUUCCACCACACUGCCUUCCAAGUAACUUCAACUGGACGUGGUGGAGGACGUGGUACGGCUUCCCAAAGAUGGGCGAUCAGUUGUGGCUUUUCGGCUACGACGGCCACGUGAACGACUUGAACUACCACGUGCAGUUGUUUCUCGAAUUUUUGACGCCAGCUUCGCAGCAGAUCUUCGGCACCUACAACAACGAAACUGUCUUCCAAACCUCUGAAAUCGUUAACACGACCCGUGGCAUCAAGAACCCGGAUGUAUUCACUCCGCCAUCGUCCUGCAAGACCGCUAAGCCACAGGGAACCUACAAAACCCCCGUGUACCUUCUGGGUGCCACGUUCCCCCGAGGGCCCGCUGUACCGUAGGGGGUCCUUCCUCUGCAAGCUGGGGGUAACGCUCAAUGUGCUUUGUCUGCAAAGAGGAAACAUCUUUUUUAAUGAUUGUAGAAAUAAUAAUAAAUGAUACAGUUUAUUUGUAAUGAGUUCAUGUUGUUUUCAUGAACUGUUGGUAUUAUCUAAGCUACAUUGUGAUUACUUGUACAUAAUCGAGCUUGAAGCAUCUGGCUAGUGGUUGAUAAUAUGAGCACUUCGUGAGCAAGAGGUAUGUAAUUUGGUGUAACUCCAAGUCCAACCCUAAUGGGACCGGAAAUUGGAAUAGUUUGCCCAAAACAUGUGUUGCGAAUACACAACACACACACACACUCACACACUCACACACUCACACACUCACUCACACACUCACACACAGACACGCACUUUCACACACACAAACA